AUGGAUAUGGAAAAGUUGAAGAGAAUGCAGGCCAGAGGUGGUGUUAGAACUGGUGAUGGAAAGGGUACUCCAAGAAGAAAGGUCAAGAAUGUUCAUAAGAGCACUGGAAUGGACGACAAAAAGUUACAGACCUCCCUUAAGAAGCUUAAUGUCCAACCAAUCCAAGCUAUUGAAGAAGUAAACAUGUUCAAGUCUGACGGAAAUGUUAUCCACUUCGCAGCACCAAAGGUCCACGCUGCUGUUCCAUCCAACACCUUCGCCAUCUACGGUAACGGUGAAGACAAAGAGCUCACCGAGCUUGUCCCAGGUAUCCUUAACCAACUCGGCCCAGAUUCCCUUGCUUCCCUCCGCAAGCUUGCCGAGAGCUACCAAUCGAUGCAAAAGGCAGAAGGUGGUGAGGAGAAGAAGGAUGAUGAGGAGGAUGAUGACGAUAUCCCAGAUUUGGUCGAAGGAGAGAACUUUGAGGACAAGGUCGAAUAA